ACUCGUUGCUUGUAUCUGGUAGUGUGUGUGUGCGUGUGUUUUUCAUCUUCUCAUCGUUGUCUUUUAUCAAGCUGUCGCAGAAAAUAUUAAUUAAGAAAUAGAAAACCAAUAAGCACAAAUUUGUGAUGUCGUUAUCAAGUCUUCUGCCCACACCGACCAAUACGGUAUGGGAUCGCGAGGACGAGCGUCGCCUGUCUGCCAAGGGUGCUCCAAUGAUUGGUGCACUAGUCUCCGCCAAAAUAGCAGCGCCACCUUACGGCCAGCGCAAGGACUGGAUACCACGCACAGAGGCAGACUUUGGGGACGGCGGCGCCUUUCCCGAAAUACACGUAGCGCAGUAUCCGCUGGGUCUUGGGGCACCUGCUAAUGUGGGUAAAAAACCAGAUGCGCUUGCCGUGCGAUUGGAUGACAAGGGCAAAGUCAAAUAUGAUGCCAUUGCCCGUCAAGGGCACGGAAAAGACAAAAUUGUAUACUCCUCGAUAUCGCAGCUGCUGCCCGCUGAGGUUUUGGCUGAAAAUGCGGACGAGCUGCUGCGUCCCGACGAAGAAACCGUUGCCGAGACAACAGAAGAAACACGUCUGGCUCUAGAAAAGCUGACCAACCAAAAGAUUACCUCAGCUCUUCCAGUGCGCCAUGCUCAAAAGGCAGCGCCUGCCCAGUACAUUCGUUAUACACCAUCGCAACAGGGCGAUGCUUUCAAUUCUGGCGCCAAACAGCGUGUCAUUCGCAUGGUGGAGGCACAGCUGGAUCCCAUGGAGCCGCCAAAGUUUCGCAUAAACAAGAAGAUACCACGUGGUCCGCCAUCGCCACCAGCACCAGUGCUACAUUCGCCCUCGCGCAAGGUUACCGUUAAGGAGCAGAAAGAAUGGAAAAUACCGCCCUGCAUAUCCAAUUGGAAGAACGCCAAAGGUUACACCAUACCACUGGAUAAGCGCUUGGCUGCCGACGGUCGUGGCCUGCAGCAGGUUCACAUCAACGAGAAGUUUGCCAAAAUGGCUGAAGCUCUUUACAUAGCCGAUCGUAAAGCGCGUGAGGCCGUCGAGGCGCGUGCUCAAUUGGAGAAGAAGCUGGCACAGAAAGAGAAGGAGAAGAAGGAGGAUAUGCUGCGCAUGAUGGCGCAACGUGCACGCGAGGAACGUGCGGGCAUACGCAAUCCAGAGCCAGAUGCACCCGGUGGUUCUGGCGGUGCGGAUGCACGCGAACGCAAUGAUCUCCGCGCUGAACGUCAACGGGAACGGCAACGCGAUCGGAAUUUGCAACGAGCCGCGCCAGAGAAACGCACCAAACUGCAGCGCGAACGGGAGCGUGACAUAUCGGAGCAGAUUGCAUUGGGCUUGCCAGCCAAGAGCGCUGGCAAUGGCGAAACCCUGUUCGAUCAGCGCCUGUUCAAUACCACAAAGGGCAUGGACUCAGGCUAUGGUGACGAUGAGGCCUAUAACGUUUAUGACAAGCCAUGGCGCGAUUCUAACACAAUGGGCGCUCACAUCUAUCGACCCAGCAAGCAGGCAGACAGCGACAACUAUGGUGGAGACUUGGAGGCCAUUGUAAAUACAAAACGCUUUGUGCCCGAUAAACAGUUUUCGGGUGCUGGGUCGCGUGAAACAGCUGCCGCUCAACGAAGCGGACCAGUUGAGUUUGAGAAGGAGGAAGAUCCCUUCGGUCUUGACAAGUUCUUGAACAUGGCCAAGAAGGCACCCAAGCGUGCUGACGAAAAGAUCGAGCGCGGAAGCCACUCCGACCGCAAGCGUAGCCGACGCGAUUAGAAUGUCAGACUCGAAGAAUUAGCUUCUCUUUUUAAACAAUCCCAAAAGUAAUGCAAAUACAUACAUACAUACAUAUUAUAAAUGUAAACAACAGA